GAUCCAUGCUGGGAAGCGCGAGGCCAUCCGUAUCCAGGCAAUCCUGAGGUCCCUCAUCCCCAUCCCCUGGAGGGGGUCAUCAACAUCCCUUUCCAAAUCCCCUCUCUAGCAAAAGGUCAGUCCUCUGUGAGAAGUCACUAUAGUCUUAUGUGCUUGUAAACCCAAUCGUUGCAGAUUGUACUGUGUUUUCCCCCCCUUUUUUAUAGCUACGUUGGUUCUAGUUUAAUCAUCCUGCUGGUGCUCUCUCUGUUAUAUGGUAGCAGCCUGGGGUUAAGUUGGCUCAAGUUUUGAGACAGAUCGCCAAGCAUGUAAUACAAAUCCACCCAUCAAAAAAUGGUGUUGCGUUAGCCAAAAUAUAAUGUGAUGAAAUUAUUGUCCAAAUGCUUGUCAUAAUGUUUCUGUGCUUGUCAUUUAUCCAGAUGGAACAGUAGUUGAACCAGACCCAGCCACUGUAUUCUGCCCAGACCAAAAGGCAGCCAUUGUGCUGUUCCUGGACAGUGUGUACGGCAUCGAGGACCAGAGCUUCCUUUUCCACCUGCUGGAAGUGGGCUUCCUGACAGACCUGCAGGCUACUGCCUCUCUGGACACAGUGAGGGAGACAUUGGGAAUACUGACAAAGCACCACUGAAGUGACCAUUGUUAUGGACCUGAGGGACCUACAGCAAUGCCCUCUGGAGUGAUUCACUAUAACCUCAUUGGAGUGAUCAGCUACUAUACAUUUUGGAACAAAGAGUGAGACACUAUCACAUCACAAGGAUUAUCCUCUCUAACGCAGAUUAAGUGCACCAUUAAUAAAUGAAUGAGAUUUGAGUUGUUAGUAUUGGAGAAACAGAAUAGUAGUGCCUACUACCGAACACUAUGGGGCACUGUUAUCAUACCCACUGUGUUUUUCCUUACUCAUUCACACCACCUUCCACUCAUUCUUACCAGACUUCAAUGAACAACCUGUCCCCUUCGCUCCUAUCCCUCUCCAUUUCUCUGACUCUCCUCUCAGACUUUUAUGGAUCGAAUCAUUUUUCCUCUGUCUCCCUUCCUGCUAGCCUCACCUAGGCUAAAAUUGCAUAUCUCUUUUUGGUCCUGACACUUCAGUAUACUAAACUUCACCCGGCUGCUCCUCUCCCUGCAGGCUGAUCUGAGUGCCACAGACAUGGCCCUGGCCCGUACCUGUGUUCAGCUGUGCUCACUAAGUGCUCCAGCCUAUUCUCUGGGACAGAGGGCCAGGGGCCACUAGUGGAUGCUCUCCUCCAGGUCGUCUACCACUUGUCCAGGGCCCUCAGCCUCACCAAGGCCCAGAGAGACGCCAUCGAGGACUGCAUGCUGGCCUGCAGGUGGAGGACAUGGAGGAACUAUGUUAUCACUAUCACUACAUACUGCUCCCUUCUCUCCUCCAUCACUUGCACACCUUCUCUACCAUAGAGGCAGAAUGGGCACAGUUAUUUACAAGGAUAUGUUAUUAAAAAGGAAACGUUGGGACAUACUUUGUGCGUGUCUUUAUCUGCUUGUGUCCUCAGCCCAUGAUGCAACCUCUCCUCCGUCUGCUUGUUUACGAGGUGCCCUUUCUGACUGACCACACCAAAAUCCCACUCAAUGAAGGGAUAAUGCCCUCGAAGCCGGUGUUUGUAGGAUAUAUUGGCACGGGUGUUGUUCAUUGAAGGCCAGCAAACCGUGCCAAUAUAUCCUCCAAACACCGGCUUCGAGGGCAUUAUCACUUUUAUAAAACGGGUUAACAAAAUAUUCAAAUAUUGAUUUACAUAUUUUCAUUAAUAACUUUAUUUUGAUGAAUUUAUUCAUACUAUUUCAUCCUUCCACAAGAUAUAGUCCCGACACAAAUCUAGGGUUGCUACCAAAGCCGGCUGGUCGUUCGCUCUAUCGGUUUGGUUGACAGAGAUACGACCCAGUCGUUAAGUCUUUUUGUUCUGUAUCUACGGAGGCGAUGUUCGUUCGUUCUAAAUGUUCUAUUGCCAUACUGGCUGGCAACGUUCUUAUCUCUUGCUCGCUAGCUACCCAACUACGGCAAAUUUACAGUCACGUCAAAUUUGUUUUUGUUUAAGCAUCCAUAACAAUGACCUAAUGAUGGGCAAUUUCACCUGGCAUAGAAAAUGUGGUCUCUCGUCAGGACACUGUUGUUCAGAGGAGCUAGCCAACAACACAGCUAACACAAUCACUUAAAACUGAAGCUGGAAAGACUGCAAACUAGCUGCACUUCGUUUCAUUUUACCUGUUUUUUAUUGACAUUUCUUUGUAUAUAUUCAUAAAAACAGGGGCGCCACUUUGGUUUUAGAAGUGGGGGGGACAUAACGUGGCAGGGGGUCUUGGGCAUCUAAAGCUAAUUUCCUUAAUAAAGACUUUUGAUUGUCUUUAUUAAGACAUCCUCUAUAUCAAUUUUUAGUCAGACCGACCAGCCAGCCCGAACUGCCUGCACGCCCGACCCUCACCAGUCUAGUCAGUAACUCAACUCUCUCCCAUAUGCAUAUUCUUGAUAGCAUUUGAAAGGAAACACUUUAAAGUUUGGGGAAAUGUGAAAUUCAUGUAGGAGAAUAUAACACAUUAGCUCUGGUAAAAGAUAAUACAAACAAAAAAACAUGCGUUUUCUAUUUAUUUUUUUGUUCCAUCAUCUUUGAAAUGCAAGUGAAAGGCCACAAUAUAAUAUUGCAGUUAAGGCGCAAUUUAGAUUUUAGCCACUAGAUGGCAGAAGUGUGUGUGCAACGUUUCAGAUUGAACCAGGGAAGCAUUGCAAUACUGGACUAUUUUGUAUCAAGUCUGCCCAAAUGUGCCGAAUUGGUCAAUUGAUACAUUUUCAAGUACAUAACUAUAGAGAACAUACAAAAAUGAUAUGGUAACACAAAACGUAAGUUUACACACUCCCAGGAAUGUCAUACAUGAUGGAUCAUUAGCAUAUACACUAACUUUCACACAUCUAGAUGGCGGGGCGGGGUGGAUGUGGAGCCAGAGACAGCAGGGGUUCAAACUGUAGAACCCAGUUCCUACAUUUGAAUAUAAAAAUGGAUUUGAUCAAAUAAAACUAUGCUACAUUUUAUCUUUGGGACACUUAGGAUGACAAAUCAGAGCAAGAUUACUGAAUGUAAGUACAUUAUUUACCUUCAGAGGUGAAUGUGUCAAACCAGUUGCCGUGAUGAAUUUUGUUGUUGUUCUGCACUCUCCUCAAACAAUGGGAUGGUAUUUUUUCACUGCAAUAGCUACUGUAAAUUGGACAGUGCAGUUAGAUUAACAAGAAGUUAAACUUUCUGCCCAUAUAAGACAUGUCUAUAUCCUGGAAAGCUUGCUGUUACUUACAACAGUCAUGCUAAUCACAUUAGCGCACGUUAGCUCAACCGUCCCAUAUACAGGACACCGAUCCCGUAGAGGUUAAUUUGUUUAAUUCCCAAGGGAAAUAUUUGUAAAAACACACAAAAAACACUUCAAAUAUACAUUAACACACAGAAACAGCAAAUCCUCCAUAUAAUUAUUCUCAUAGGACUAAUAGUACUGUAGAGCUCUGUUUACUUGCACACAAUAUUGCUGGGUCGCCCCGUCCUGUCCCUAGGGGUCCUCCACCCUGCAGCGCCCCAACCUAACACACCCCACUCAUCUUUAGGAUCUUAGUUAAACAUUCAUUAUUGGUUUUGGGUGUGUUAGGCCAAGGCCAGAGUGACAACCCACAGGACGGCAGACCCCCAGGGCCAGGACUGAGCAGCCCAGCAGCUAGGGAUUGCCUAAAUAGGUAUCUCCCCUGAUGUGGGCAUGUUUUCAAUACAGACUCCUUUAGUCGUACUGUAUUCCAUAUAAGGCAUACAGACCUUAUGAAAGUUGCCCAGUAUACCCUUAAUCUUGUAAUACAUAAAAUCUAGUGAUACAUAACUUGACAUUUUGGGACGAUAACCAACCUUCCAAUUAAUGGCAAUGUAUUUCUUAGCCGCUAUAAAUGCUUGGUUACACAGUUUCCUCAGAUAACAGUCUUCAGUAUCAACAUUUCCAAGCAAACAAAAAUAGGGAGAAGGGAGAAUCUGUAGACAUGCUGAGAUAAAAUAACAUACUCUUUGCCAGAAUUCAGCCAGCCUUCACAAGACCAUAACAUAUGCAAAUAUGUUCCCUUUUAUGUUUUACACCUCCAGCAGAGUAAUGACAUUUCUGAGUGCAUGUAAUUCAGUUUCACUGACAUAUAGUACGUUCUAUGGAUGGUCUUAAACUGCAGUCAUUUAUGUCUGAGAUGGUAUGAACAUGACUGGGCAUUCAAACAUAUCUGUAUUCAUUCAUAGUCAUCAAUAGCUUCUACCAGGUCUUCCUCACAUUUUUGUUUACAUGUUUUGUGUCAUCGGGAAAAGCCUCUAUCAACCCUUGAUACAGUUUGGAAAUCAACUUAGAGGUUUGUCAGACUGUCUUAAAAUAGCAUCUGGCUUGUCCAGUGUUUUCUGCACAGAGAGAAUAAAAUGUUGUAUCUGCAAGAAUUCAUCUCAGCUCCGUCGCAGACUGGUCUUCCCUGGCUGCCUGACACUGCUGAGACCCCUGUCACCAUCUGAUCCUCCUAAAAUGAGGCAUGACAAAUAAUUACCUUGGUUUACAUUUAUACAUUAUAUUAUCCAAGAAAAUAAUGUAUGGUUCAAUAAUUGAAAUGACCAUUAUUAUUUUUGUUGAUCCUCAGAUUAUUUGGAAACUGUCCUCUUUCUGCUUUGCAUGCGUUAGCCUAACUAUUGAAUUAAAAGCACAUAUUUUUAACAUUAUUCACACACUCAGAAUUCGCUGCUUCAAAUUCAGUACCCUACCUGUCCUAGCUGGGCGUGAGAGUUCAAGUGCGCCUAGUAUGUGUGGUCUCAUUGAAACAGAGUAGGCUGCCUACAUGGACGGAGAAUCACGUGGCAGUUAACUUGAAUAUGAAAUUAACUUAACUACGAUUAGACUGUAGUUUAAUACAGUGUCUGUAAAUAUAUAUUGAUAAUGGGAAGUCUCAAGGUUUUGCUCGCCUCAGGAUAAGCUGUAGACCACACUAUUUACCAAGAGAGUUUUCAUCUAUAUUUUUCGUAGCUGUCUAUUUACCACCACAAACCGAUGCUGGCACUAAGAACACACUCAAUUAGCCAUAAGCAAACAGGAAAACCAUCAUCCAGAGGUGGCGGUCCUAGUGGCCGGGGACUUUAAUGCAGGGAAACUUAAAUACAUUUCUACUAGCAUGUUAAAUUUGCAACGAGAGAGAAAAAAAAUACUCUAGAACACCUUUACUCCACACACAGAGACGCGUACAAAGCUCUCCCUCACCCUCCAUUUGGCAAAUCUGACCAAAACUCUAUCCUGACUCCUGCUUACAAGCAAAAACUAAAGCAGGAUGCACCAGUGACUCGGUCAAUAAAGAAGUGGUCAGAUGACGCAGAUGCUAAGCUACAGGACUGUUUUGCUAGCACGGACUGGAAUAUGUUCUGGUAUUCUUCCGAUGGCACUCAUCAAUAAGUGCAUCGAUGACGUUGUCCCCACAGUGACCGUACGUACAUACCCCAAACAGAAGCCACGGAUUACAGGCAACACCCUCACUGAGUUUAAGGGUAGAGCUGCCACUUUCAAGGAGCGGGACUCUAACCCGGACGCUUAUAAGAAAUCCCACUAUGCCCUCCGACAAACCAUCAAACAGGCAAAGCGUCAAUACAGGACUAAGAUUGAAUCGUACUACACCGUCUACGAUGCUCGUCGGAUGUUUACAGGGCUUGCAAACUAUUACAGAAUACAAAGGGAAGCACAGCCGCAAGCUGCCCAGUGACACGAGCCUACCAGAUGAGCUAAAUUACUUCUAUGCUUGCUUCGAGGCAAGCAACACUGAAACAUGCAUGACAGCAUCAGCUGUUCCAGAUGACUGUGUGAUCAAACUCUCCGUAGCCGUAAACAGGUCAACAUUCACAAGGCCACAUGGCCAGACAGAUUACCAGGACGUGUACUCCGAGCAUGCACUGACCAACUGGCAAGUGUCCUCACUGACAUUUUCAACCUGUCCCUGACUGAGUCUAUAAUACCAACAUAUUUCAAGCAGACCACCAUAGAACACUAAGGUAACCUGCCUAAAUGACUACUGACCCGUAGCACUCACGUCUGUAGCCAUGAAGUGCUUUGAAAGGCUGGUCAUGGCUCACAUCAACACUGUUAUCCCAGAAACCCUAGACCCACUCCAGUUUGCAUACUGUCUCAACAGAUCCACGGAUGAUGCAAUCUCUACUGCACUCCACACUGCCCUUUCCCACCUGGACAAAAGGAACACCUACGUGAGAAUGCUAUUAAUUGACUACAGCUCAGCGUUCAACACCGUAGUGCCCUCAAAGCUCAUCACUAAGCUAAGAACCCUGGGACUAAACACCUCCCUCUGCAACUGGAUCCUGGACUUCCUGACGGGCCGCCCCCAGUUGGUAAGGGUAGGUAACAUCACAUCUGUCACGCUGAUCCUCAACACAGUGACCCCUCAGGGGUGCGUGCUUAGUCCCCUCCUGUACUCCCUGUUCACCCAUGACUGCGUGGCAAAGCACGACUCCAACACCAUCAUUAAGUUUGCCGACGACACAACAGUGGUAGGCCUGAUCACCGACAAUGAUGAGACAGCCUAUAGAGAGGAUGUCAGAGAACUGGCCGUGUGGUGCCAGGAUAACAACCUUUCCCUCAACGUGAUCAAGACAAAGGAGAUGGUUGUGGACUACAGGAAAAAGAAGAGGACCAAGCACGCCCCUAUUAUCAUUGAUGGGCUGUAGUGGAGCAGGUUGAGAGAUUCAAAUUCCUUGGUGUCCACAUCACCAACAAACUAUCAUGGUCCAAACACUCCAAGACAGUCGUGAAGAGGGCAUGACAAAGCCUAUUCCCCCUCAGGAGACUGAAAAUAUUUGGCAUGGGUCCUCAGAUCCUCAAAAAGUUAUACAGCUGCACCAUCGAGAGCAUCCUGACUGGAUGCAUAACUGCCUGGUAUGGCAACUGCUAGUCCUCCGAACGCAAGGCACUACAGAUGGUAUUGCAUGCAACCCAAUACAUCACUGGAGCCAAGCUUCCUGCCAUCCAGGACCUCUAUAUCAGGCGGUGUCAGAGGAAGGCCCUAAAAAUUGUCAAAGACUCCUGCCACCAUAGUCAUAGACUGUUCUCUCUGCUACCGCACGGCAAGCGGUACCGGAGCACCAAGUCUAGGUACAGAAGGCUUCUUAGCAGCUUCUACCCCAAGCCAUAAGACUCCUGAACAGCUAAUCCUGGCUACCCAGACGAUUUGCAUUGUCCCCCCCCCCCCCCCCCACCUACAUGAAAGUGGAAGUCUCUCCAACUCUGCUCUCUUCAAACUACAGUGGGGAAAAAAAGUAUUUAGUCAGCCACCAAUUGUGCAAGUUCUCCCACUUAAAAAGAUGAGAGAGGCCUGUAAUUUUCAUCAUAGGUACACGUCAACUAUGACAGACAAAAUGAGAAAAGAAUUCCAGAAAAUCACAUUGUAGGAUUUUUUAUGAAUUUAUUUGCAAAUUAUGGUGGAAAAUAAGCAUUUGGCCAAUAACAAAAGUUUCUCAAUACUUUGUUAUAUACCCUUUGUUGGCAAUGACACAGGUCAAACGUUUUCUGUAAGUCUUCACAAGGUUUUCACACACUGUUGCUGGUAUUUUGGCCCAUUCCUCCAUGCAGAUCUCCUCUAGAGCAGUGAUGUUUUGGGGCUGUCGCUUGGCAACACGGACUUUCAACUCCCUCCAAAGAUUUUCUAUGGGGUUGAGAUCUGGAGACUGGCUAGGCCACUCCAGGACCUUGAAAUGCUUCUUACGAAGCCACUCCUUCGUUGCCCGGGCGGUGUGUUUGGGAUCAUUGUCAUGCUGAAAGACCCAGCCACGUUUCAUCUUCAAUGCCCUUGCUGAUGGAAGGAGGUUUUCACUCAAAAUCUCACGAUACAUGGCCCCAUUCAUUCUUUCCUUUACACGGAUCAGUCGUCCUGGAACCUUUGCAGAAAAACAGCCCCAAAACAUGAUGUUUCCACCCCCAUGCUUCACAGUAGGUAUGGUGUUCUUUGGAUGCAACUCAGCAUUCUUUGUCCUCCAAACACGACGAGUUGAGUUUUUACCAAAAAGUUCUAUUUUGGUUUCAUCUGACCAUAUGACAUUCUAGCAAACUUCAGACGGGCCUGGACAUUGUCACACUGGACACACUGGCUUAAGCAGGGGGACACGUCUGGCACUGCAGGAUUUGAGUCCCUGGCGGCGUAGUGUGUUACUGAUGGUAGGCUUUGUUACUUUGGUCCCAGCUCUCUGCAGGUCAUUCACUAGGUCGCCCCGUGUGGUUCUGGGAUUUUUGCUCACCGUUCUUGUGAUAAUUUUGACCCCACGGGGUGAGAUCUUGCGUGGAGCCCCAGAUCGAGGGAGAUUAUCAGUGGUCUUGUAUGUCUUCCAUUUCCUAAUAAUUGCUCCCACAGUUGAUUUCUUCAGACCAAGCUGCUUACCUAUUGCAGAUUCAGUCUUCCCAGCCUGGUGCAGGUCUACAAUUUUGUUUCUGGUGUCCUUUGACAGCUCUUUGAUCUUGGCCAUAGUGGAGUUUGGAGUGUGACUGUUUGAGGUUGUGGACUGGUGUCUUCUAUACUGAUAACAAGUUCAAACAGGUGCCAUUAAUACAGGUAACGAGUGGAGGACAGAGGAGCCUCUUAAAGAAGAAGUUACAGGUCUGUGAGAGCCAGAAAUCUUGCUUGUUUGUAGGUGACCAAAUACUUAUUUUCCACCAUAAUUCGCAAAUAAAUUCAUUAAAAAUCCUACAAUGUGAUUUUCUGGAAUUUUUUUUCUCAAUUUGUCUGUCAUAGUUUACGUGUACCUAUGAUGAAAAUUACAGGCCUCUCUCAUCUUUUUAAGUGGGAGAACUUGCACAAUUGGUGGCUGACUAAAUACUUUUUUUCCCCACUGUACAUCUAGCAUAUUGGCUGAUAUAGCUCAGUAAUACAAUACAAUACAAGGGCCACGUGAGAAUCUCUAGUAAUUUAACCUAUUUCUUAAGUUAUUUUAGCCAAUUUGAUAUUACAAAAUUGCUGGGACCGUGGCUGGCAAGUGAGCUGCGUCACAUUCGCCUAAAAUAACAUUGCAGGACUGCGGUUGGGUUUGGGACCAAUUCUUGCUGUAGCAGGUGGGAGUUGGACAGAAAGCCAUGGGGUGCAGGCGGGAGCAGGAUGAAGAAAUCAGUCCCGCUGACCUCUACUGUGUCAGUGUGAAAAGUAGGGAAUUAGCUAGGGAAACUGACAUAUCAAUAACGUUACAUUGCCAUACUGACUAAUAAAAGUCACAUUGCACUGAAAAAACAUCAGAAUAUCAAUAUUCAAUUGAUUGGUCGAUGGUUUCAUUGUUUGAUUCAGGUCUAGUGUGACUGAGGCAAAACUAAUAGCUAAUGUUAGACAACUUUUGGCCAGCUCUCUCUCUAAUGUUACAUCAACUGGCAAAAGCUAGCCAAGUUCAUUUAAUUCUGAAACAGGAGUAAAACAAAGGCUACAAAACAUUUCCAUACAAACAACAGCUGUUAGAUAGUGAUAUGAGGUGGGUAUUACUACUACUAUCUGACAGAUAACUAGAGGCUAGAACUGGUCUAAAAAGCUUCUUAACAGCUUCUACCCCCAAGCCAUAAGAAUCCUGAACAGCUAAUCAUGGUUAUCCGGACUAUUUGCAUUGCCCCCACCUCUCUGUGGUGUCCAUGCGGUCCUAAAUCCAGCCGGCUGAAAACUCCAAACAGCCUACCCGACCGCUCGGAGGCGUCCGCAUGGUCCUAAAGCACACCUUUGCCAUAUUUUUGUAUCCCAUUGCAAUGAUUAAACUGGAGGGGACAAAAAUGCAAUUUCAGAAGGUGGGGGGGGACAUGAACCCCCCCGUCCCCAGUGAAAGUUGCGUCCCUGCAUAAAAAUGAUGCUGAUUCGACUGGCUGAGAAAAGCUGCCUGCCUGUCUAUGUCAUCCCGACUCCCACCCCUACACUUUCAUUAAUAUGGGACAGCUGGAGAUCGAAUUUCAAUACUGAUACAAUGUUGCAAAUGUCAGAGAGACAGACAGCAAGGUUUAUACAAAUCUCCACUAUUGAAAACCUAUUGCUAGUCUAAAAGAAAUGGGAGAUAAUGUCUAGAUGCUUUUUACAGUGGAGAUCAAGUUUAUAAAUUGUCUGUCUGGGCUGAUGAGACAGUGGAUUGCGCAGUGAGAUGGAACAAAGUAAAUAGGCAUUUCAACGUCAUAGCUUUAACCGGUCGUAACACUGGCUGGAAUGCAAUUUUAACCAACCAGCAUCCAGGAGUAGACCCACCCGUUGUAUAAGGUUAGGUAUACACUGAGAACACCUUCCUAAUAUUGAGUUGCAUCCCCCUCUUUUGCCCUCAGAACAGCCUCAAUUCUUUGUGGCAUGGACUCUACAAGGUGUCGAAAGCAUUCCGCAGGGAUGCUGGCCCAUGUUGACUCCAAUGCUUCCCACAGUUGUGUCAAGUUGGCUGGAUGUCCUUUGGAUGGUGGACCAUUCUUGACACACACGGGAAACUGUUGAGCGUGAAAAACCCAGCAGCGUUGCAGUUCUUGACACACUCAAACAAGUGUGCCUGGCACAUACUACCAUAUCCAGUUCAAAGGCACUUAAAUCUUUUGUCUUGCCCAUUCUUCCUCUGAAUGGCACACAUAAACAAUCCAUGUCUCAAUUGUUUAAACUGUCUCCUCCCCUUCAUCUAUACUGCUUGAAGUGGAUUUAACAAGUGGCAUCAAUAAUGGAUCAUAGCUUUCACCUGUAUUGACCUGGUCAGUCUAUGUCAUGGAAAGAGCAGGUGUUCAUAAUGUUUUAUACACUCAGUGUAUAACAGCAGUAAUACACACAGGCCAUGUAACAUACAGUAGGGAAAAAAGUAUUUGAUCCCCUGCUGAUUUUGUACGUUUGCCCAAUGACAAAGAAAUGAUCAGUCUAUAAUUUUAAUGGUAGGUUUAUUUGAACAGUGAGAGACAGAAUAACAACAAAAAAAUCCAGAAAAACGCAUGUCAAAAAUGUUAUAAAUUGAUAUGCAUUUUAAUGAGGGAAAUAAGUAUUUGACCCCCUCUCAAUCAGAAAAAUGUCUGGCUCCCAGGUGUCUUUUAUACAGGUAACAAGCUGAGAUUAGGAGCACACUCUUAAAGGGAGUGCUCCUAAUCUCAGUUUGUUACCUGUAUAAAAGACACCUGUCCACAGAAGCAAUCAAUCAAUCAGAUUCCAAACUCUCCACCAUGGCCAAGACCAAAGAGCUCUCCAAGGAUGUCAGGGACAAGAUUGUAGACCUACACAAGGCUGGAAUGGGCUACAAGACCAUCGCCAAGCAGCUUGGUGAGAAGGUGACAACAGUUGGUGCGAUUAUUCGCAAAUGGAAGAAACACAAAAUAACUAUCAAUCUCCCUUGGCCUGGGGCUCCAUGCAAGAUCUCACCUCGUGGAGUUGCAAUGAUCCUGAGAACGGUGAGGAAUCAUCCCAGAACUACACGGGAGGAUCUUGUCAAUGAUCUCAAGGCAGCUGGGACCAUAGUCACCAAGAAAACAAUUGGUAACACACUACACCGUGAAGGACUGAAAUCCUGCAGCGCCCGCAAGGUCCCCAUGCUCAAGAAAGCACAUAUACAGGCCCGUCUGAAGUUUGCCAAUGAACAGCUGAAUUAUUCAGAGGAGAACUGAGUGAAAGUGUUGUAGUCAGAUGAGACCAAAAUUGAGCUCUUUGGCAUCAACUCAACUCGCCGUGUUUGGAGGAGGAGGAAUGCUGCCUAUGACCCCAAGAACACCAUCCCCACCGUCAAACAUGGAGGUGGAAACAUUAUGCUUUGGGCGUGUUUUUCUACUAAGGGGACAGGACAACUUCACCGCAUCAAAGGGACGAUGAACGGCGCCAUGUACCGUCAAAUCUUGGGUGAGAACCUCCUUCCCUCAGCCAGGGCAUUGAAAAUGGGUCGUGGAUGGGUAUUCCAGCAUGACAAUGACCCACAACACACGGCCAAGGCAACAAAGGAGUGACUAGCCAGUCUCCAGACCUUAAUCCCAUAGAAAAUCUGUGGAGGGAGCUGAAGGUUCGAGUUGCCAAACGUCAGCCUCAAAACCUUAAUGACUUGGAGAAGAUCUGCAAAGAGGAGUGGAACAAAAUCCCUCCUGAGAUGUGUGCAAACCUGGUGGCCAACUACAAGAAACGUCUGACCUCUGUGAUUGCCAACAAUGUUUUUGCCACCAAGUACUAAGUCAUGUUUUGCAGAGGGGUCAAAUACUUAUUUCCCUCAUUAAAAUGCAAAUCAAUUUAUAAUAUUUUUGACAUGCGUUUCUCUGGAUUUUGUUGUUGUUAUUCUGUCACUCAGUGUUCAAAUAAACCUACCAUUAAAAUUAUAGACUGAUCAUGUCUUUGUCAGUGGGCAAACGUACAAAAUCAGCAGAGGGGUCAAAUACUUAUUUCCCUCAUUAAAAUGCAAAUCAAUUUAUAAUAUUUUUGACAUGCGUUUUUCUGGAUUUUGUUGUUGUUAUUCUGUCUCUCAGUGUUCAAAUAAACCUACCAUUAAAAUUAUAGACUGAUCAUGUCUUUGUCAGUGGGCAAACGUACAAAAUCAGCAGGGGAUCAAAUACUUUUUUCCCUCACUGUAUGUGUGUAUUUCGACAUGUACAACUUUUAUGAAGACAUUGACUUUGGGUAACUCCCUAUUUUCAGCUGUUGACCAAUCACUAUGAGCAGAGCUGGAGGUUAGGGGCACCUGGGCUCCGCCUCAGAGGAGGAGCUUCACUUCUCCAGGAAGCUGUUCUGGGGGUUGUUCAACGCUAUGUCCAGGAAGGUACAGUUGGACCAACUCUUCAGCCAGCCUCUCCCAAAACAACCUUUUGAUAUUAACAGAUUUGAAGGGACUGGAUGGGUGUAAGCAAUAGCCUACAAUGGGAGCUCCCAAUAGCCCAUUGGAAGAAUAAGCGGAGUUGUCAACUUAUCAUAUUCGGGCCCAUUCAAAUGUAAUCGGGACCAUUUAGUCUGUAAACAUAUAUUGGAUAUUGGAGGGGGCAUGGGAUUUGUUUUCAGACCAAGCAAUAAUGCUACUGCCCACACUAACCCACCCAGUCCAUGAUUUAUAUUAUGUGUGUAUUUUCCUGUGUAGCCCUAAGGCAUGUGUUUGUUCAGACUCUCCCUAUCUCCUCCUCCCUGUCUCCUCUCCUAAACAGCCCUAUGAUACUGAGCUCUCCAGGCUGGCUCUGCAGUGUGGCAGCUGCAGCUGGUGCCCUCCCUCCUGACCACAUGGAACCUGGCUGAGCCUGUAGACACCUACAAAUGAGCCUGCAGUUAGGGCCUUUGUCCUAUCAUUACUCAUCCCCUCUCUUGUAGAAAUACUCCUUAAAUUGACAUGAUUUUAUAAUGUAUAAUAUAAUAUUGUUCUGAUAUGUAUUAUGACUGUAUAUGUUUUCCCCUUUAUUAGUGUCAGUACAAGAGAAACUGGAGUUUGUGGUGAAUAAAUGCAGAACACACCAAUGAGAAGUGGUCAAUGGACAAGGUAACUGAGCUUUGAGUUUACUAUGAGUAUACAGUAUGUUCUGUAUAAAAACUCUGUUGACACUGUCAUUCUGUGUCAUGCGUGAACUGCUGUGUAUGAAGAAGAUUAUGCUGUGUGUAUAGGCAUAUCAUACUGUAUAUGAUUAAUUAUGUAUGUAUAUCUUUGCUGUCUUUCAGAUUGCCAAUGGCUGAGUCCAUGAGGAGCUCUGUGAAAAGACCAAAGUACACCCUCUCC